CAUGCUUCCUCGGGCUCACCGGCUGGUGCUUCUCUGCCUUCUGCUCCAGUUCCAGGGACCCCUAGAGGCUGUAGGACCCUCCUUUGGGGCAUGCCAACAUUCUCCUGUCGACCAGAGCCACCUUUUCAGCAACCUCUAGACAAAGCUUCUCCCAGCAAGGCAUGUAUGUUGGAGGAACCCUGCUGUUUGAGGUAGCAGUCCUCCCAGUCCAGAGAGCCAUUCUGAGCUGCCUGACUUCAUAUGAAGAGUGUCUUUAGACACAAAUGCCCCUUACCACAUUUGAUAUAUGGCCUUUGACACAGUUCCCUGCUAGCUCUCCCCUCCAAGUGCCUACAUGAUAAUUAGGUACUGUGUUCCCGUUCCUAUGAUAGGAGCAUCCUGUUUAAUGCAAAUCAAACAUCCUUCAAGUGCCUGGUUCCAACCAAUUAUGUACACCUAGCCUCGAGCCCCUCAUCUACUCCCCGAGGGGUACGUAGCCUUUGUUCUCUGGAAUUAAAGUUGAACUAGCUCCCUGCUGUGGUUCCCAGGUUGUGUGAUCCCUGUACAGGGCUCGCCAGCCAUCCAGGCACACUCCUUGUCUUGUCUCCCUCCUGACUUCAUGGGCUGGUGGGAAGCAGCCCCCACAGAUGGGUUCUCCUUCCUUGCAUGCUCCUCUGCAUAGGGAAAAACCUGUCUCCUUCAGGCCUCUUCUGGAUACGCUGGCUGCUUUUGAGUCUUCCCUAACAGCCUUUCUUCCCGUUCUCUCUUCCCAUCCCAGUUCCACACUGUCCCAUCCACGGCCACUCCUUUCACCGGCAUCCUGGGACACAGUUUAUGUAGCAUAGUUGUCUUAUGGGCAAUUUCAGGGCCUUGUCUUCAUUCUUGGUUUCUACCCCUGGCUAACUUCAGGUGAUUUAAACAUCCUCAUCCCCAAUGUAGGAAAUCACAGGACUAGGAGCCCCAGGUGAGGAAGCUCUGGCUGUGGAGCCCAGGCUAUGCAGCUGGAGAUUCCAGAGCUGACUACGGGGACACAGGACAGGGGACAGAGGUGGGCGACUAGAUGAAGAUUUAAGUAUAUGUUUGUGCAUACCUUUCAGUGUGCCCAAGAAAGGGACGCACAGUGUAGGGUUUCCUGUCUCCUUUUGGCUUGACAUCAUUGGCAUCAUAGGAGACCACCAUUUGGCAGCCUCAGACCAUUGCUACCAAAACAACACUUCAUGAAGCUUUUGUAAGCCCUCCAAGUAUUUUCUCGCUAAGAGGGAUAGGAAGAAGGCCAAACCACAUGGAUAUGGGAAUAAAUAUAUUAUCACAUUCGUCUACAUAAUGAACCCGUCUGUGCCAUGUAAUAUCGCCAACCGUCAAAGAAAAACACCCAAUUUCAAAUUCAGCUCAGUCUGGGGCUGUGUCAUUCUCUGUGACCUUCAGUCCACAGAAGAGGGUAAGCCAUUGAAGGCACCAACCUAUGCACUUUCCAUUCCUGGAGGCGGUCAGGGACUCCCUGGCUCCCACCCUGGGGUGGAGAAAGAGUAAUGUGGGUAGGUUGUUCUCAUCACUGAGGGAGCUGGAUACGGAUAUCUCCAUCACUGAGGGAUCUAGUGUGGGUGGUUUUCAUGAGCUGACCCAGUGUGGUUUCCUUUGCUGCUGGGGGUGGGUGUUCCCACAACUUGGGGACCAUCAAGUGGGCGGCUUCCGCGCAGCUUGAGGGAAGCCUUCGGUAUUGCCCGGGACCUUCUGUUUCUCAGUGUUCAUAGCCCAGGAGGAAGCCCACAGUGUCCUACACAGGCAACGGCGUGCCUACGCGUUCAUGGAGGAGCUGUGGCCUGGCUCCCUGGAGAGAGAGUGCAAGGAGGAGCAGUGCUCCUUUGAGGAGGCCCUAGAGAUCUUCAAGAGCGCUGAGAGGACCAAGCAGUUCUGGGCCGUGUACACGGAUGGGAACCAGUGUGACUCGAAUCCGUGCCAGAAUGGGGGCACCUGCCAGGACCAUCUCCAGGCCUACAUCUGCUUCUGCCCCCUAGACUUUGAGGGCCGGAACUGUGAGAAGAACAAGAAUGAGCAGCUCAUCUGUGCAAAUGAAAAUGGUGGCUGUGAACAGUACUGCAGCGACUCUCUAGGGACCAAGCGCACCUGCAGCUGUCAUGAGGACUAUGAGUUGCAGCCAGAUGAGGUGUCCUGCAAACCCAAAGUUGAGUACCCGUGUGGGAGAAUACCUCUUCUGGAAAAGAGAAAUUCCAGCAGCCCCCAAGGCCGGAUUGUGGGAGGCUAUGUGUGCCCCAAAGGGGAGUGUCCAUGGCAGGCUGUGCUGAAAACCAGUGGGUUGUUGCUGUGUGGGGCCAUCCUGCUGGACGCCAGUUGGAUAGUGACCGCAGCCCACUGCUUUGAUAAUAUCUGGAGCUCCAGGAACAUAACAGUGGUGAUGGGUGAGCAUGACUUCAGUGAGAAGGACGGGACCGAGCAAGUACGGCGGGUGGUACAGAUCAUCAUGCCUGACAAGUACGUCCGAGGCAGGAUCAACCACGACAUUGCCCUGCUGCGCCUCCACCGGCCUGUGACCUUCACUGACCACGUGGUGCCCCUGUGUCUGCCUGAGAGGGCCUUCUCUGAGAACACGCUCUCCAGAAUCCGCUUUUCAAGGGUCAGUGGCUGGGGCCAGCUGCUGGACCGUGGUGCCACAGCCCUGGAACUCAUGGCCAUUGAAGUGCCCCGGCUGAUGACCCAGGACUGCCUGGAGCUUUCGAAGCACAGUCCUAACACGCCCCAGAUCACAGAGAACAUGUUCUGUGCUGGCUACAUGGAUGGCACCAAGGACGCCUGCAAGGGGGACAGUGGUGGCCCACAUGCCACCCACUAUCAGGGCACAUGGUACCUGACAGGUGUGGUCAGCUGGGGGGAGGGCUGUGCGGCUGUGGGCCACAUCGGGGUAUACACCAGGGUCUCCCAGUACACAGAAUGGCUGACGAGGCUUAUGGACUCCAAGCUCCAGGUUGGGGUUCAUCGAAUCCCUCUACUCUAGCUCCUCGGACAGCCUAGCCCUUCCUGAGGAGGAAGCUGCUUCAGUGUGGAACUGUUUUGUAUCAAAUCCUAUUGGCUCUCCUGCUAUUCUUGGGGUGGGGAAGGAGAAAGAGAGAGAGAGUGAAGAAAGUGGAGGGGGGAGAUAAAUAAGAGGGAUGGAGAGAGGGGAAACGGGAAGCAGAGGGGGAAGAGUCUGAGAGACUAACAAAGACACCCAACGGGGCUGCGCAGUAGAGCCGCAGGCAGGCAGCUCAAAGGGCAGCGUGGGCCUGUCUCCCUGCAGCUGCCUCCCGUGUGCUCCGCCUACAGUGCCACACAGUAGGUGCGCAACACAUGCAUGUAGGACACGUGUGUGUCGUGCCUGUGUGUGCACUCAUGACGCCUGUACCACCUGCACUAUUGUUCACUUUCGUUUUUGUAUGAGCACGCCGUCUUCAUGUCAAUUAAAUGAGAAACACCGUC